GCCAGUUUGAUGCAACUCUUGGGUGGAUCUGGCUCUGGGCCGUUUCCCAGACUUGCCUGCGAUAUUAACCUGAUGCCUAGGAGAGCCCAUCCGAGUCUGAACCGGGAGCUGGUAAAGCAGGUGGCUUCAGGACGGUUCCCACCCUCCCUACACGCCUGCUCACGCUGGGCUGCCCCGGACCCUUAACCUCGUUGUCCGUGUCGCCCCACCGGGCGUGAGCCAUGGCCGCUCCACAGACGCUGCAGCAGGCGCUGGCCGUGCUGGUUUGCACUUUCCAGCGCUAUUCCAAACAGGAAGGCGACAGAUUCACGCUCAGCAGAGGGGAGCUGAAGGAGCUGCUGGAGAAGGAGCUGCCCAGCCUGGGAGACGUCCAAGUGAAGGAAGGUGCCUUUGAGGAACUGAUGAGCAUCCUGGAUGCUAACAGAGACGGGGAAGUUGACUUCCAGGAGUACAUUCGCUUCGUGGCGGUGGCGUGCACCUUAUGCCAUGAGUUUUUCUUGGACUCCCCUGUCGUUCUGCCACGCGGGCAAUAAACCCACCCAGCUGGCUUUGUACAGGGCAUGAAUACAAAGCAGGAGAGCAAACUUAUAGGUCUGGCAGCAACCGUGCCGCUACCUGGGAACCUCAUACUGGGAAAGGUCAUGGUGUGUCAAGGAUUGAACUCGCGUCUACCUGACCCAAAUACACAGAGCCACUCCCUUGAGCUAAAGGAGACUUCCCCUCACAGAGCAGCAGUAGAGCUUUGUUUCUCAAUCCUGGAGAGGAGGGUCAUGAAAGGCAACCAGGGGGUUCGUGAGGCAUCGAAAAAUGUAUUAGUCUACAGCAAAGCAAAUCUCCUUUCCCCACUCCCAGCACGGCCCGGUCCAUCCAGGUGAAG